UUUGUUUAAGGUAUGGAUUGUCAAUGAAGGGCGUUUCCUCAAAGUGCUCAUGCGGGUCAACAUUCAAUGUUGACCAUGCUAUGAUAUGCCCCAAAGGAGGAUUUCCAACUAUCAGGCAUAACGAAGUGAGGGACAUCACUGCAGAUUUGAUUAGUGAAGUAUGCUCGGAUGUGGCCAUCGAACCGAGGCUAAACCCCCUCUCAGGUGAAUGCCUACACAAUCGUACUGCCAACAGGGACGAAGAGGCACGGCUGGAUGUUUCGGCAAGAGGUGUAUGGCGUCGUGGUGAACGCGCAUUUUUCAAUAUUAGGGUGUUUUACCCCAACGCGCAAAGUUACCAGGAGAUGACCUUACCGCAAAUCUUUCGGAACCAUGAACUUGAGAAGCAGAGAGCCUAUGGCGAGAGAGUCAGAGAGGUUGAAGGAAGUAGCUUCACUCCAUUGGUGUUGUCGUCAAUUGGAGGCAUGGGAAGAGAAGCAAACACUUUCUACAAACGGCUAGCCAGCCUGAUCUCAGACAAACAGGACACUUCCUACAGUCAAACAAUGGCACUAAUACGAUGCAGACUGAGUUUUUCUCUACUACGAUCUGCAAUUCUUUGUCUUUGUGUUAGAGGGACGAGGUCAUUGAAGCGCCAUCCAGUACAUCUUGACUGUGUUGACAGCAUCGUCAGUGAGGCUCGCCUCAUUGUCUAAGAACUCUUUUAGAACUAGUAUAUUGCAUUAUUGGUACAAACUAUUGGAUUGUAUUCGAUGUUGACUGUUAGACAACUAGCCUGUAAUAGAGCAGCCAUAUGUUGAAAAUAUA